AAAAACCACUCAUUUUCGGAUAAACUUUAUCCAAUCUGCUUUAUAACCUAUCGCUUCCGAUCCCACCAUUCAAAUUUCCGCGGAAACCCGAUCCCCUGAAUUUAUUUUUUCACCAUGUUCGGACUGACGCUCGGAAGCUGCUGGAACGGCACCGGCCGAGAACUGUUCUUCUUUUCCAGGUCUUACUGCUCUACCUCUACCGACGGUAGAGAAACUGCGCCGGCACCGCGCUCGUUCUUGCCGGAGUUCCUCACCGACUCCCUCGGAUUCUCCCUGAAAGAAUCGACCUCGAUAGCCUCCAAGGUAAUCAAGUAUUCGUCGAGAACUAGGCCCGUUCUGGUCGUAGAUAUUCUGAAGGGGACCGGCCUCGAUUCGAGCGAGAUUAGAAAAUGCGUUUCCAGGUUCCCCAGAUUGCUUUACUUCGAUGUUGACAAAACCCUAACCCCCAAAUUCGAGUUUCUUCAGGAACUCGGGUUUUCCUCCUCGGAUCUCGCCCACAUUAUCGUUAAAGCCGCGGAGAUUUUUUCUAUGGGCCUGGACACCAACCUCAGGCCCAAUGUUGCUUCCCUCUUACAAGUGUAUGGUGGCAACACAGAGGAUCUGCGCAGGACAGUAAAGUCAUUUCCAUGGAUGCUUUGUUGUAGGUAUUUGCCUGAAAAUAUUUCCUAUUUCAAGGAGAUUGGCUUUUCGAUUGAGCAGAUUAGGCGGUUUGUCUCUUAUAGGCAACGCCCUUCUUGCUAUCCUACUAGAUGGUUUCAGGAGAGGGUGGAUAUUCUGGAAAACGAUUUCGGCAUUCUUCGUGGCUCCCCUAAGCUCUUCUAUGGACUCUACGCGACAUGUUGCGCCAGUAAAUCAAAGAUGGACAAAAAAGUUGCAAUCUUUAGGAGCUUUGGGUGGUCUGAAUCGGAGAUCGUCACCAUGUUUCAUACCCAACCCAAUUAUUUUGCCUACUCGGAGGCCAACAUUCAAAGGAAAUUGGAUUAUUACAUGAACAAUCUGGGUUUGGAACCUGCUUAUAUGUCAACUCGACCUUUCUUGACUUAUAGUCUGGAGAAGAGGGUGAUUCCGAGGAUUGAGGUAGUCACCAACACUUUGAAGGAGAAGAAGCGGUCCUCUUUUUAUUCCAUCAUAUGCUUGACAGAAUCAAAUUUUGAAAAGAAAUACCUUCUUCCCUAUAAAGAUGUGGUGCCUGGCAUAUACGAGUCUUACAAGAGCAAAAUCGGAUGAUAGAUCAAUCAUCAUAUGACAUUCUUCGCUAUCCAGAUUGUGAUUGUAAGUAAUGAGACCACACUCAAGCACAUUCCUAAUUUCUGUUUUACUUCUGUUCUUUCCCUUGUCACUAUGGUGUUAUAAUUAUUGUUGAUUAAUGUCACUUAUAAUCUUUAGUUAGACUUGUGAUAUUAUAAUGCUGUAUGUCUGAUGUCCAUAUGCAUAUGUAUUGAACUGCAAGCUUGGCCUCGCUUUAAUGGCGCACU